UGGUUGAUGGCUACGAAACGCUCAAAGUUUCGGGUGGUGAGAUGGGAUUGGUGAUCAUGACGUAGUCACGUCAUCGCCAUCACAUCCGUGGAACGCGGGGAAGAUCGACUGACGCGUCCUCACAGUCUGGACAAGACGGUACGCGGCCUCGGUGCCUUGACGGUGUGUAGAGAAUAUACCUUCAAAUUAAGGGUCUAUAUUUGCAAAGCAGUAGAGCUCGAGUGUUUGCUGCUAUUUGUAACCACUUCAUCAAGCACAAUUGUUGUUGUUUGAGGUUGGUCCGCCUUGUAGUCCGAAGCCCAAGAAGCGGGUCACCUACCGAGAGCUCCGCCCCAAUAACGUUGCCACGCAGUGGUGUUGUAAUCGACUCGUCUUACUCUUUAGCUUGGUUGCCUAGCUACUCAUUACAGUACUUGUGCUCCCCUACCAUUCUUGCUCGUUCACCCAAUCUCCAUCAAUCACCAAGUCAACAUGCGAUUCUUACGCGUUGUACCAGCCUUGCCUCUGGCGACUGCAUUCGUCAUUACCGAGCCAGAAGUCUUCUCAAACAUCAACAUUGAGAAGUCUGGAAAGUCCCUUGUCGACAACGCUCAUACUGUUCUCGACAACGCUCAAAAUGUCAUUGACGAUGCAUUCAGCAAGAUCAAGGACAGCGCCAAGGACGUCUACAGCAAGAUUCACCAUGCUGGUGCCGACGUUGAGUCGUGGUUAGAGGGCUCUCAAUUCGACGACAGCGUCGUUGACUUUGAGAGUCCUGAGCACCCUCCUCAUGAUGGACCGCCACACCAUGGCGGACCUCACCACCCUCCACACGACCAAAAGCCGAACCGCACGGUCUACGAGCUCAUCAACGAGAGCAAAUACACUACAAAGCUUGCAAAGUGGAUCAAUGAGUUCGACGACAUUGUGGAGGCGCUUAACAGCACCAAGGCCAACUACACAGUCUUUGCCCCCACAGACGAGGCCUUUGAGAAGAUUCCCGAGCAUCACCACAAGCCUUCCAAGGAAGUCUUGAAGGACAUCCUGCUGUACCAUGUCACCGACGACUUGUAUCCUGCUGGUCGCGUACUCCACACAUACACUAUCCCAACUUUGUACGCUCCAAGCAAGAACCUAGGUCACUCGCAGCGCCUUACUGUCCGCGUGACACUCAAGGGUCCUGCGAUCAACUUCUACAGCCGCCUCGUAGCAGUAAACAUUUUCGGAACCAACGGCGUCGUCCACGGUGUUGACUCCAUCCUCGUACCACCUCCGAACGUCGCCUCCAUCAUCGACUUACUCCCUGGCGAGUUCAGCACUCUUGAACUCGGUCUCACAAAGACAGGUAUCUAUGAGAAGAUGAACAGCACCGAGUACGAGCACAACGGCGGUACAUUCUUCGCGCCCUCCAACUUUGCGUUCCAGAAGCUUGGAGCGCGUGCCAACGCCUUCUUGUUCUCAAAGUAUGGCGAGAAGUACCUGAAGGCUCUUCUAGAGUACCACAUCGUCGUUGAUCAGACACUUUACACUGAUGCCUUCUACGACGGGCGUAAGGACGACAAGGAGACUGUUGAGGAGCGGCCAGGAGGCUACCACUACGAUCUCCCUACUGCUCUUUGCCACAAGAACCUCGCCGUUGACGUUGGUCGCUACGGACCUUUUGUUGAGAUCAGGAUCAACGGCUUCUCGCGUGUCACUGUUCAUGACGGUGUAGCUAGCGACGGUGUCAUCCAGGUCGUCUCCAACGUCCUGAUCCCGCCCAAGACUUCUGGUGGCGAGCAGAGCUUUUGGAAGGGUGAGGAGCUCGACGUCGAGGACCUGAAGGAGCGUCUCCAGCCUCUUGUUGAGAACAUGGAGUUGUAGAUCAACAACUCUUAUUCGAGCCUUGAAAUUUGUUACCUUCUUGCUGCGAGACGAUCUUUACGACAUAUUCCUUGUAUAAUAACUUUCCCUCCAAGCGGAGUGGCUACUUCACACUAACAUGUGUAUGACUCAGAUAGCAAAUCAACAA